AUGGCUUCUGCAAGUAGGCUGGUGACAGACAAGGACUUUCAAUGUUCUACUUGUCACUGUGUGUUCACUGAUCCUGUGGCUAUUCCCUGUGGCCACAACUUCUGCCUAAAUUGUAUCACAACACACUGGGAUACCAACAGGCUAUGCAGUUGCCCAUUUUGUAACAAGACAUUUACGGACAGACCUUUGCUCUGCGUCAACAAUCUGAUUGCUUCAGUAGCAGAAAAGUUUAGAGAGCCGCUGCCGCAGCAACCCGUCACUUCAGGAGCAGGAUAUGUCCUCUGUAAUCUCUGCGGGGCAAACAAUACGACCCCAGCCACUAAGUCAUGCCUCAUGUGUCUCCUCUCGUACUGUGCGACACACCUUGAGCCUCACCAAAGCACCCCGGCGUUAAUGAGACACAGGCUGAUCCAGCCGGUGGAGGAUCUAGAGGGCAGGAUCUGUAAAAUCCAUCACCAGCCUUUGGACUAUGUUUGCAGCAAUGACCAAAACAUAUUGUGUUAUGAAUGUCUUGAUCGAGACCACAAAAACCAUAACACAGUCAAGCUUGAGGUGUGGAUGAAAACAAAGCUGGACCAGCUGAAAGAUUCUCAAGAAAAGGUUGAUGAGUUGAUCCGACAGAGACAGGAGAAAAUUAUUGAUUUGCAAAACUCAAUACAGGCCGGCAAAACAAAUGUAGAAAGGGCCAGGUCAGGCAGCUGGAAGGCAAUGCAUGCGUCAAUAAGAUACAUUAAGAGAAGCUUUGCUGAGCUCCAGGAAGUACUAGACGACAAGCAGUCAGCGGUAGAGGCACAUGGUAAAGGCUUGGUUAAGGAAAUCGAGAAGGAAAUCGUCCAGCUGACACAGAAAAAUGCGGAGCUCCAGCAGCUCCAGCCCAACAACGACUGCAUCCAGUUCAUCCAAAGUGUCAGAAACGUCCGGAUCGAUCCACCUGCAUUGACCAAGGACUGGGAUGCGGAGAGUAUUGACUGUGAUUACAGUAAGGUAGAGGAAGCAGUAAAUCAACUGCAGAUGUCAGUGAUGAACGAAGCGCUUAUGCUGUGUGAUCCGGAACUGCCAGAAAUGCAGCGGUUCUCUGUGGAGGUCGUUUUUGACCCAGAGACUGCACAUAAUUUAUUGUCCGUCUCUGAAGAUGGCAAACAGGUUCAAUAUAGACAGUUUGGUUUGACAGUCCCCCGUAACCCACAGAGGUUUGAAUGUGUGCAUAAUGUUUUGGCAAAAGAGGGUUUCAAAGCUAAUUCAUUUUACUAUGAAAUCCAGGUUAAAGGCAAGACCGAGUGGGAUUUAGGGGUUGCAAGUGAGUCUAUUAACAGGAAGGGGGAAAUCAGGUUGAGUCCACAGAAUGGAUACUGGACCAUUUGUCUCAGAAAGGGAAAUGAAUACACUGCUAACGCAGGACCCGCCAUUGUCCUGAACUUCACGAAGAAGCCUCAGAAGAUCGGCAUUUUUGUUAAUUACGAAAAGGGUCAAGUUGCCUUUUAUGAUGUUGAGGAGAGUGUUGAGAUCUACGCCUUCACAGGGUGCACCUUCACUGAGAAGCUCUUCCCUUUCUUCAGCCCAGGCGCUGAUGUGGACGGCAAUAAAGCCCCCUUAAUCAUAACUCCUGUCAUCGUUAAACAAAGGGAUCAAAGAUGGAGUGACGAGGAGUACGAUGACCAUGACGAAGACUGUGAUGAUGACUGAUCUUGAAAUACCAAAUCAAUUAAUGUUUUCCAUAUUAAAUACAUUUCUUUUCGCUAUAUUAGGUAGUGGUCAUUUUAAAGGAUUAUUGUUUAAUUUCAUGUUUUUUAAGGAUUGAAAGAAAAAAGUAUGUUAGGGGCCAACUACCCUUAGUAGUAAACAUCUGAUAGGAGCCAGCGUAUCUCAAUGCAAAUAUCUUCUUUAUCUCAAUGGCUGUGGCAGGAGACAGGCCAUACUAACACUGAAAUAUUGCCCAUGACCUUUUGUUGCAGAAAUAGGAACUCUGUUUUGAGAAGGAUAGGAUUUAUCUCCUGACUGUAUGGUAGAAACAUAGUAGUAGUGGCUAAUUGUUUAGUGUUAUCUUUUUCAACAUAAUCUCAAUCAACAAAAAAGAUCGGAAGAGAUCCAAGAAAUUAAAGGAGAUUGCCGCAUCAAUCUUUAUGGCAACGAUGCCAUAAAGAUCUCUUUAUAGCAUUGUUAUGUUGUCAAGUUUAAACAUUGCAUAGUAAUCAAUGACUACUAGCGAUCCAUGUGAAAUUUACUGCAUGAGUUUAUAUCUGUUGAUUUCACCAGCAAAUGUAUAUUGACUAUUGAUUGCAUUGGUAUGAAUAUUUUUACUGUUAUCUUCUUUGAUUUUUUCUU